ACAUGGCAGAGUAAAAUCAAUGCUAGCGGUUUCCAACAUCCUCUGCCGUCCAGCCCAGCGCCCAAAAACCCUCCUCCGCCGUCGCCGAUCGCCCAUGGCGUCCGCUCCCCGCCGUCCCCUCCUCGUCCCCAAGCCGGAUCCCGACGCGCCCGCUCCCACCGCCGAUCUCUGCGCCGCCCUCCUCCGCCGGGUUGCCACCAAACCCGAUCCCGACGCCGACGCUCUCCCGGCCCCGCCCCAAACGACGCCGCUCACCCCCGAGCUAUGUGCCGCGCUCCGCCGGGAGCUCGAACCCUCUCCCGAAGACCAUGCUGACUUCGUCCACCACCUCCGUCUCGCCCAGCGGCGCCUCGACGGCAUCUCCGCCAGCCUGUCCUCCACACCUCCCCAGCCAUCGCCACCGCCUCCCACACCUCCGCCUGCUCCGCGCAGCGCCAGCCUUUCCUCCACACGUCCCCAGCCAUCGCCUCCCACGCCACCGCCUCCUCCACCUCCGCCUGCUCCGCGGAGCGCCAACCUUUCCUCCACGCCUCCCCCGCCUCCGCCUGCUCCGCGCAGCGCGGACCCCGCGCGAGCCUCUUCCUCGACCGCCGGAGCCAGCGCCAAGGGCAAGAAGCGCGCGCGCGGCACCGCCGGCCCGGAGAUGGUGCGGGCCACCGUCACCGCGGAGACCGACCACCUCGAGGUCCGCAUACUCUCGCGCCGGGCGCGCCUCACCUUCGAGGCGGUCCGGGGUGUCUACCACCGCGCCGGCCGCUUCCGCGCCGACAUGACCGCCCUGAGCACGAUGCUCUCCCAGGGCCUCUGCCUCUACCGCGACGUGCGCAUUGUCGGCCCCAUCCCGGGCAUCUACGUCGGCGACGUCUUCAGCUACCGUGCCGAGCUCAUCGUCGUCGGCCUCCACAACCAAACCCAGGCCGGCAUCGGCUUCAUCCCCGCCAACCUCGUCAGCGAAGGCCACCCCGUUGCCACCAGCAUUGUCUCCUCCGGCGGUUACCUCGACGACCACGACAACGGCGAGGUCCUUAUAUACACCGGCAGCGGCGGCCGCCAGCGACACGGCGUCCAGCACAACACCGACCAGGAAUUCGAGCGCGGCAACCUCGCGCUCGCCUACAGCCACAAGUACGACGUCGAGGUGCGCGUCAUCCGCUGCCACGACUGCGACACCAGCCCCAGCGCCAAGCUGUACGUCUACGACGGCCUCUACAAGGUCGCCUCCACCACCUACGGCCCCGGAAAGUCAGGCCACGAGGUCUGCAAGUUCAAGCUCGAGCGCAUCCCCGGCCAGGCCCCGCUCGGCAGCAAAAUCUGGUGCUCUGCCCGGGAUCUCACGAACAAGCUCGACUCCAACAUCCGGCCGCGCGGAUACGUCACGCGAGACCUGUCCAAGGGCAAGGAGGCGAUCCGUGUACCCGUCUUCAACGAUGUGGAUGGAGACCUCUCUCCCCUCGGCUUCGAGUACAUUGCCCGCCCUGAAUACCCAGCGUCCCCGGUGCUGCCCAGGCCGGUGAGGCGUUUCAGGUGCUGCCGGUAUGCGACGGCGGCGUGCGGCGGGUCGUCGUCGUCGUCAUCUGGCAGCUGCGCCUGCGUGAGGAAGAAUGGCGGGGGCGGCCCGGCGUACAAUGCCGACGGCACGCUCGUCAGGGGAAGGCCGGUGGUGUACGAGUGCGGCGCGCUGUGCGGGUGCCCAGCGAGCUGCUCGAACCGGGUGACGCAGCGAGGGAUGCAGCACCGGCUGGAGGUGUUCCGGUCGAGGGAGACGGAGUGGGGCGUCAGGGCACUGGACUUGAUCCAGCCGGGCGCCUUCGUCUGCGAGUUCAGCGGAGACGUGGUCACCGUGCACGACGACGGUCACCACGCAGGCAAUGCACCCGGCGCAUCGACUGAAUGGGGCGCCAUCGUCGAUCCGAGGAAGUUUCCGGCGAGAUGGAGGGAGUGGGGAGACACUUCGGCGGUCGCGCUUCCGGACGACGCCGAGGAACCUCCCCGAUUCGCGCAUUUCGCACGGCCGUGCUACGUGCUCGACGUGUCCUGGAGGAGGAACUUUGCCCCCUACAUCAGCCACAGCAGCGCCCCGAACGUGUUCGUCCAGUUGGUGCUCCGUGGCGACGACAACGAGUCGUACCCUCGUCUGAUGUUGUUCGCCAUGGACACAAUCCCGCCGCUGCGGGAGCUGAGCAUCGACUACGGCAUCGGUCAGUGAAACUGGCGACAGGGAUCACAGAUGAAAAGGUUAGACUGCAAAGUUAACUGGCGAGAGGUCUCUGGAGUUGGUGGAGAAUUUUCUUUAUGUGAUUUCGCCAUUCUUGAUGUGGUUUUAGCCUGGUCAGGGCUUACCUGCACAAGUGCUGGUGUGGGUUACUCUUAUGUGGUUGGCACACAACACCUUCUGUCCUAUAUAUUCACGAACUCUAUCUACUACUCCCAUAUUUUAUCUAUGAUUUACCUGCCCAUAUUAAUGUGCUUGUGUUAAUAAA